AUGGAGAGAAAGCGGAGGAAGCUGGCGGCUCAAUACGAUGCGGAGAGGGCGGCGAAUGGUGGCGGGGUGGCGCAGGUCUCGUCCAUCUUUGACGGCGUCACCAUCUAUGUCAAUGGCUACACAACACCAUCAGCCAUGACGCUGCGGAGAUACAUGCUGCAGCACGGCGGACGGUACGAGUUCCAGCUUCAUCGGUCUUCGGUCACCCACAUCAUCGCCACCACUCUGCCGGAUGCCAAGAUCAAGUUUGGUCCGGCAUCGGACGUCAUUGUUCAUCCGCAGUGGAUUGUCGACUCGAUUGCUGCUGGCAAGCAACUUGCCGUCGAGCGGUAUCUGCUCUUUGCUAAUGCCUACAAGUCGAUGGCGGGGCAGCAGUCGCUAGCAGAGUCGCUGGGCCUGGCCACCGCGGCUGGCGAGUCGCUGGCAAUUGCGCCCGAGCUCGAUCGGCGGACAACGGCCGGCGACGCGCUUACUCGUCGCGCGGCGGGAGCGGCUGGCGCCGCGGAUGUCGAACAAGCUCAUCCUGAUCUGGAUGGACUCGGCAUGCGCCGGAGCAAGGACGAGCCGAUUGAUCCGGGCCUCGCCCGGCUGACUACGUUGGGAGGGGGCGACUUUGUGCAAAAGUUCUACUCCAACUCGAGGCUGCACUUUAUCUCGACGUCACGGAUGGCGUCGCAGGAGUUUCUCCGCAAGGCGCUGGCGGAGCGGUACUCGACGUCGCAGCCGCUGGCGCGGGAAGCCGGUGCGAGGCAAGUCAUCUUCCACGUCGACAUGGACUGCUUCUUUGCUUCGGUGGCGCUGCGGGAUCGGCCGCAUCUGGCCAACGCGCCGGUGGUGGUGGCGCACGCGCUCAACGGUAGCGUCGAGUCCAAGUCGGACAUUGCGUGUGCUUCGUACGCGGCGCGCGCACGCGGCAUCUCUAACGGUAUGUUCAUGGGCGCGGCGCGGCGCAAGGUGCCGGAUCUGGUUGUUGUGCCUUACGAGUUUGACAAGUACGCCGCCGUCUCCAAGGCGCUGUACCGGGUCUUUGUGGCGUUCUCGGACAAGGUGCAGGCUGUCUCGGUCGACGAGGCGUACCUAGACAUGACUGGGCUAGGCCAGCCGGCGGAACUGGCGAGCGAGAUGCGGGCUCAGAUCCACGAGCUCUCGGGUUGUACCGCGUCGAUCGGAGCUGGGCCGAACAUGCUCCUGGCUCGGAUUGCGACGUCGCUGGCCAAGCCGGACGGCUUUCGGUUUCUCUCGCACGAGCACGCGACGUUUGAGAUUGACGCGCUGCCGCUCCGCAAGCUGCCUGGCGUCGGGUACAAGACCGUACGUAAGUUGGCCAAGGCCGGGAUCACGAGCUGCGCCGAGUGCCGGGCGCAGCCGCGAGCGCGCCUGCAGGCGCUUCUCGGCGGCUCGGUCGGCGCCAAGCUAUACGACACAGUCCGUGGGCUCGACAGCGGGACGGUAACGCUUCCAGGCCCACGCAAGUCGAUCGGGACAGAGAUCUCGUGGGGUGUCCGGUUUACAGACGCCACGGGUGCCGAGCAGUUUGUGCGCGAACUGGCGGGAGAGGUGGGGCGGCGGGCGGUCGAGGCGGCCAUGGUCGGCGCCACGCUGACGCUCAAGAUCAAACAGCGGCAUCCGGACGCGCCAGCAGAGGCAUCCAAGUUUCUUGGCCACGGGAAGGUCAACUCGUUCUCGCGGUCGACGACGCUGGCGCCGCCGUCUAGCGAUGCCGUCGCCCUGGCCGACGCCGCACUCACGCUCUACCGCGGUCUUGGGUUCGAGGCGACCACCGUCCGCGGCGUUGGCAUUGCAUUGACACGACUGUCCGAGGUGGAAAGUGAGCGACGUCCAGCGCUCCAACCGGCGGCGAUUGACUCGCAGACCACGCUCUCAGCCGAGUGGCACCCGCCAGCGGUGACGGGUGUGGGCGGACGGGGCGCCGAGGGAACUGUCGAGUUGCCGACCUUUUCACAGCUGGACCCGAGCGUGAUCGCCGAGCUGCCGGCCGAGACUCGGCGGGAGCUCGAGAUUGUGUACCGGCGACGGCUGGCGGAGCGGAAGCGCGAUGCUGGGCGCGGGACACUGACGCAGAUGGCACGCCCGACACUGCCGUCCCGGCCUGCGUCGGCGGCCAAGACAAAGCCAGCACCGAUGGUCAUUGUACUGGACGGCGCGAGCGGGUCCGACGAUGACGACUUUGUCUCGCCGCCGCCGCAGACCAGAGGUAGUAGCGACGAGGGGAGUGGGCGCGACGACGGAGUGGAUCCGGAGUUCCUGGCCGCACUCCCCAGCCAGCUGCGGCGCGAAGUGGAGGCCGACCUGAAGCGGACGUCGCCGCGCAAGAGCGGCAGGUGCGACGGCGGCCGCAAGCGGCAGCGCGGAGGAGCACCGUCGCUCUCACAAAUCUUUCAUCCAUCGCAAGCAGAAGGUGGGCGUGCGGCGCGGCGACGGCACCUGCUUAGCGGCUAA